AUGCUAGAUAGGAGGGAUAAUAUUGAGCCAUGCCACACGAAUACCUGCAACUGGAUCUUAGAGCUGGAAGAGUACCAGUCUUGGAAGAGCCAGUCCCAUGGUCUGCUAUGGAUUAAGGGCAAGCCAGGUGCUGGAAAGUCAACCUUGAUGUUAUUCCUGCACGACAAACUCGAAACAUCAGAAGACGGUCGUCCAAGUAUUCGCCUCGACUUUUUUUUCACCGCUCGGGGUACAGAGAUGCAACGUACACCACUGGGAAUGCUGAGAUCAUUGCUGAGCCAGAUUUUCGACCGCGACCCGACUAUACGUCCUUAUAUACGUGAGACAUACGACCGGCGAUGUAAGCAGUUUGGGUAUGGCAAACAUCAAUGGGAAUGGCCACAGGUGAUGCUAGAAGAGUUACUAGCAAGUGCCAUCCUGGUAUCAGCCAAUCGACAUCACGUGGUUGUUUUUGUGGAUGCUCUAGAUGAGGCCGGGGCCCAGUCUGCUCAGCAGCUCGCUGAAUAUUUUCAUCGGCUCGUUGAUCGCGCUGCGAAAGAGAAGCUAUGCAUACAAGUUUGUAUCUCAUGUCGACACUAUCCUAUCAUGAAAAGUGGACAGGCUAUAGAGAUAAAGGUCGAAGAUCAUAAUCAGCAAGUCAUUGCCUCAUAUAUCCAGGAUAUCCUUAUCCAGACUGAGACCAAAGACAGCGUUAGUCAGAAGAUGAGGGAAAUGCUGGUCGAGCAAUUGACCCGGCAAGCAAAUGGAUUUUUCCAAUGGGUUCAUACUAUACUUCCCCUCAUCGAGAAGAAGAUUCGUGAAAGGGAAUCGUUCUACGACAUCUGUUGCUGGUUACGCGAGGUCCCGGCCGGCCUAGAAGAUGUUUACGCGUAUAUUCUGAGCAACGUGAUUGAUGAGAGGAACCGCGAGCAGUCAUUUCUGUUCUUUCAGUGGGUAUGUUUGGCUGAGCGACCGCUGACUGUGGCCGAGAUGCGGUAUGCUUUGGUGGCUAAGAAUGCGCGGGCAACGUUGUCUCCAAAGAAAUGGGAAACGAUGUCCGGUUUCAUCGAAAGCAACGAACACAUGCUACAAAGAAUCAAGGCUCUUUCUGGUGGACUAGCAGAAGUAGUCCCAAGUGCGGAUAACACUGAGACUAUACAGGUGGUACACCAGUCGGUCAAUGAUUUCUUGCGCACAAAAGGGCUUAAGAUCUUGUAUCAGAAUUUGGAUAUGAGCACGUCUUCUGUGAACGAGGAGCAGAUUGUUUUUCGAUGCCAGGCAAAUCUUUACCGAUCGUGUUUAGUUUACCUUGCAACAAUUCAUAAGCCGGCAGAAACCAGUGGGCUCGAAGGAACCAAAGAGAGCCUUGUCCAGGAUCAUCCGUUCAUUCAUUAUGCUACUACAAAUCUCUUUGCUCAUGCAGAAAAGGCUUUCAACUUUCGUUCCAACGUUCUCUAUAAUGAGAAGGAGAUUCUACAACAAGUGCUGAGUCCAUGGGUCCACAUUUAUCAGAAGCUAGAUGGGUAUAGCGGAGUAUGCCCACCAAGAGACACAACACUAUUACAUAUGGCUACUGCUGCCAAUCUGGUGGACCUCAUAGAGCCUGUGUUGUCGGAUGUUAAGGAUGUCGCGAUAAGGAACAGAGAUGGAGAUACAGCGUUACACUUAGCAGCCCGAUGGGGUCAUGUCGCAGCCGGCAAAAUACUCCAGAGGAGGGGGGCAGACCAAGAGGCAAAGAACUACAGCGGCAAGACACCAUUACUCGAGGCAGCCAGUGGUGGCCAUAUCGAAUUUGUCGAAUGGCUGCUAGAUGAGGGCGUGGAUCUGGGAAUAGAGGGAGAUGGAGGUGUGCUACAAGCAGCUUCUUUAGGAGGCUAUGAGAGUGUUGUGGAGAUAAUGCUCGGAGCUGGCGCCGAUGUCAACGACCAGGGUAGUGAAUACGGCAAUGCUCUGCAGGCCGCUGCAUUUGGAGGAAGCAGUGGGAUCAUGCAGAUGCUCCUCGACGCUGGCGCCGAUGUCAACGCCCAGGGUGGUCACUUCGGCAAUUCUCUGCAGGCCGCUGCAUAUAAAGGAAGCGCUGAGACAGUUCAGAUACUGCUCGGAGCUGGCGCCGAUGUUAACGCCCAGGGUGGUCACUUCGGCAAUGCUCUACAAGCCGCUGCAUGUAGUGGAAGCGCUGAGACAGUUCAGAUACUGCUCGGAGCUGGCGCCGAUGUCAACGCCCAGGGUGGUGAAUACGGCGAUGCUCUACAAGCCGCUGCAUCUAAGGGAAACGCUGAGACAGUUCAGAUACUGCUCGGAGCUGGCGCCGAUGUCAACGUCCAGGGUGGUCAAUACAGAAAUGCGCUCCAAGCUGCCUUUUCUGGAGGACACGAUAAGGUCCUGCGGUUGUUGCUAGGGCGGGGAGCCGAUGUCGACACCCAUGGCGGAGAGUACGGUAGUGUUGGGAGUAUCCUCCAAGCUUCUAUUUUCGACCGGGGUUAUCGAAGUGGAGCGACGUACCUGUCAACAAUACCGACCUCCGAAGCAAAGAGCAAGGUGGAUUCACGAUUUUACAGUUCCUUGGAUGGAUCGGGACUGAAAGCGGGAGUAGAAACCGACCAAGACGAGACUUUAUUGAACAAUAUCAACCCCAAGGAUGAUGUCAAAAAGGAUGCCGUCGGGGAAUGCUGUGAUACAGAAACCACAUACUCCAUUGACUUCGCUCUAGAUCACUCAUCUCUUCUAUAUGUUCAGGCUUUUGCCGAUCAGCUCGCAUUUGACUUAAGAAGCAUUUCCAAUGUUUCAAACAUCUCAGACAUAUCCCCGGACUUUUUGAAUCAUCUGUUGAAGGCAUUCACAUGGACACUGCACAGAGAAUCGUCUACCCCAUUUCAAUGGGAAGCAGCCGCCACGAUUCACCGUCAACGAAGGCAAAUCAUUAACCAUGUGACGUCGGGCCUCCAAGAGAUAGAUCCAGGAGGUGAUGAUAAGGAGGCCUCGGAAGGGUCAGUUAGUGAUGACGAGCUGCUGACGCGCAAACCAUUUGAGAAGAACCCUCAUGAGGUUCUAGAAUGGGUUAUCAAUACUGAGCCUGAGCCGUCCGGCGUGAAGGACCGUGACCAAGAUGCGAACACAUUUGAUACCACCGAAGAGCAGAUUGGAUUCCAGUUGCCAGAGUACGAAAAGUUUAUCCAGGAAUCAAUGGCCUAUAAGGAUUGGCUUCUUCCUAAUAUAUGCCAAAUUGGUCGACUGGAACCUGGAAGUCCUAAUCUAAUGCGCGACAUAGGUUUGAAAGUGCGAUCCCAACUAGGAGCAUUUACCUUGCUACGCAAAAUGAGUCAUCGAAGAGCACAGUCUUUGAUAAAGAUGACUUAUAAUCUUGACUGGGAUCCCGCGAAUUUCAUCCAUAAUCAAUAUUUCCACGAUCAAGGGCUCUCCCUUCCUCCAAUUGACCUUGAAGAAGUCGUUUGCCUGACAGGAUCAUGGAGCAAUGCACAAGCUGCGACCGUGGCGGAUUACAUGGGCCAAACGUGGCCUGGAACCGGGAAAUACAUCAUGACCUUGUUAAAAGAGCUGAUCUGCCUUCCCAAGGGCCAAGAAUGUGUUUGUAAGUCUCCUAACUAA